CAGUCGCUGCCGAACACUCUACGGAGUCAGAACAAAUUUGUAUUAAGCGCGCUUAAACGUUUAGUUAACGCGUAUAAGCCGAACGUACGUUUGUUUGUGUGGUUCGUUGCCGUCAAAACAACGGUACUUUUUUGGAUUAUCAUUUUUAUUCGUGUACCCAGAACGACAACUCGUCGUCGUCGAGGAAAAUCUGAAGUUGGUGUUUUCCAUAUACAUACAUACAUAUAUAAUUGUGUUUUUAUUUUUAUUUUUUUCUCGGGCGCGUUUAUGACCGUACUAGAUAUUAUAGGUGUGUGUGCGUAUGUGUACUUCCGCCACAUAUCGAUGUUGUUUCGCGUUGACGACGCGUCGCGCAAACCGAACUUUGCAUAUUUCGACGUAGGAUUUCCGCAAACAGCGCGCGUACAUUUUUGUGUGUGAGUCCAAACAAAUGAUAAAUGAAAAUUGUUGCGAAAAAUAAAUACACAACGCAGUAAGAGUGUUUGAGGCAACUUGAAAAAUGUGCUUUUGGCAUAAGUAAAAAUUUGUCGCUAACACGAAGUUGGUGUUUGAAAUCAUGGUUGUAUUGUGGACUUUAACGAAAAAUGAUAAGAAAGCUAAAAUACGUUGAGACAACGACGUCGUUUCUAGUGGGCGCAACGUUAGGAAGCAACAAAUGUGUUGGAUAAUAGCGUCUUUUGGACAGACAGCUUGCGUUUUGAAAGCCAAAAAACGCUGCGGUAGUCACGAAGUGAAUAUACGAAAAAAAUUAUGUGUGAAAAAAUAAUUACUACAAAAAAAAACAAAAAUAAUUUUAUAGUUAUAAAAUUUGAGGCGUAUUAUUAAAACUAUAAUGAAUUAAAGCCACUACGGAAAAGUUUUACAGUUACAUAAAAUUUUAAAUACUGUAAAACCAAAUAACGGUAAAUGAUUUUAAGCGAUAUCAACAGAUAAUGUAGAACUGUGCGGGAAAUUGCAAAAAUAAAUAUUUUGAUUUAUUGUAAUCAUAUUUGGUAAUCACUACAUAUUGUAAUCAUUAUAUGUCAUAAUCAUUACAUAUUAAUUACAAUUAUUUUCUGUGAAGAAUUUGAGUUUUGAAAUAAAUUCGUCAAAAAAUGACUUAAUUACCCACGUAAAGUAAUUGGUCUAAUGGUAAAUAUAUAAAAGAAGUUGUGAGUGUUAGCGAAAAAUAUUAUCUUAACAGAAAGAAGGAACAAAGUUGUAAAAAAAUUAACAGUGAAGUCGAAGCAAUAAGAAAAAAAAUUUCAGAACAAAUCAGCAGUAAAGCUGAAAAAUAUGACCGAAAUAAAAAUUAACAAAAAUUUACUGUGAGUCUGUAAUAUAUUUACAACAACAUAUCAAACAAAAAAUAUUAAUAAAAGCAUAGAAGUUAAAACCAAGUGAAAAAUAUAGAUUUCUCGAACAAAAAUAACAAAAAAAAAAUUUACAAAACAAUUGCAACACAUAAAAAAAGUAUUAAUAAAUAAAAAUUAUUGUAAUAACUCACCAAUAGCAAGCAAUCUGCGCAGCAAAACAAAAAAAAAAGAUUAAUAAGUAAUAAAAAAUAUUUAAAAAAAAAAAAUUUACUGCGCUUUAUGUAGCACAACAGCUGUGAGAAAAAUUACUGCAUUUAUUUUCAAACUAAAGAAAAAAUUUUUGCGGAUUUAAUUCGCACACAGAAAGCUCACAACACCAAUUACAACCCAACUAAUUCAACGAAACGCUUAUAAAAAUAAAAAUAUAAAAAUAUUUCCAAAACAAAAAAUAAAAAAAUAUUUCCCAAACAAAACAAAUAAAAAAUAUUUCCCAAACAAACUGCACACUUUACAGCAGCUCAUAAAAGUGUGUGUACAUAGCAAUUUGUUUGAGCUUGUUGUGGAUUUACGUGUUUAAGCAAUUAAAGCCAACUUAAAGCCGCACACCACAAGCCACCGCAAGCGCUGCAACCGCCACUCUGUGCAACUGUGAAAUUGCUUCAUUUUUAAUUUACCAGCUGCCUACGAAAAGUUAAACACGCGAGCGUGUUAUAUUUUUACAAAAAAAAAAAAUAAAUAAAUAAAUAAAUAAGUGUGUGUAUUUUCUGUUGUUUGUGUAAAACUUUUGCACCGCAUGCAUUUUUAAUAGCUUUUUACACUUCAACUGCUGCGAAGUGCAAGCGUGUGGAUUUAAUAACGUUUGGUGUUGAUACAAAUAAUUCGGUUUUGCAACAAAAAUAGCAACAACAAAGCGAUACAGAAAAUCUAAAAUUCGACACUGCCUCUUAUGAUUUAUAUCCACUAAACUUUUUGCAACGAAAAUAGCGAGAUAUUAAGCAACAAAAGGCUAAAUGCUGUAACUCUAUACUGUGAAACAAAAAAUAUCUAUGAAAUUCUAAAAAUAUAAGCUACACUUUAAACUGAAACCCACACGAAAAAUAAUAAAAAACCAAAAUAACAAAAAUGCUUACUACUACAAGCCACACAACAGCAACUACAACUCUAAGCACACUGAGUAGUAGAAAUUCAAAGUCUCAUUACCACCACCUCCAUCAACACAGUUCACACCCGCGCAACAACACUAAUACCCGCAACAUGUUCUCCCAACAGUGCCUUUCUUCCCGCAACUAUAACUAUCGACUACUACAAAUCGCUCUACUGUGCACAGUGGCGCUACAGUUCGUGCCGUUGGCGUACAGCUUCGAUGUUGCUACAUGUCAUCAACCACUGGGCAUGGAGUCUGGUGCAAUUACAGAUGCUCAAAUCACUGCCAGUUCGGCGCAUGAUACAGGCUUCGUUGGGCCGCAACAUGCAAGACUGAAAACCGAUAAUAAUGGCGGCGCUUGGUGCCCCAAACAUAUGGUCUCGAAUGCGUUGAAAGAUUACCUGCAGGUCGACUUGCUACAAACGCAUGUCAUUACGGCGAUACGUACGCAGGGUCGCUAUGGAAAGGGUCAAGGUCAAGAGUAUACGGAGGCCUAUGUGCUGGAGUAUUGGCGACCGGGUUUCACUAAAUGGCAACGCUGGAAGAAUACGCAAGGAAAGGAGAUCCUGUCUGGCAACAUCAACACAUACAGUGAGGUGGAGAACUUGUUGCAACCUAUUAUUUUUGCGUCAAAAAUUCGUAUUUAUCCAUAUGGACAAUACGAUCGAACGGUGUGUCUACGUGCCGAAAUUGUCGGUUGUCCGUGGGAAGAGGGUAUCGUAUCGUAUAGCAUACCGAAAGGCGUACAACGUGGCAUGGAAGUCGAUCUGUCAGACAAGACUUAUGAUGGCUAUGAGCAAGGUGAUCGGUUUGUUGAUGGAUUGGGCCAACUGGUGGAUGGUCAAAAGGGCAAGGAUAAUUUUCGCACUGAUAUACAUGGAUUUGGCAAAGGCUACGAAUGGAUUGGCUGGCGCAACGAUACACCCGAUUUGAAUGGCAAACCAGUUGAAAUCAUUUUCGAAUUUGACACCCUGCGAAAUUUCAGUGCGAUAAUAUUACAUACGAAUAACAUGUUCACCAAGGAUGUGCAGGUAUUCGUGCGUGCUAAGGUCUUCUUUAGUAUUGGCGGACGACACUUCUCUGGCGAACCUGUGCAAUUCUCUUAUAUGCCAGACACCGUAAUGGAUCACGCGCGCGAUGUCACUAUCAAAUUACAUCAUCGCGUUGGUAGAUAUUUGAAAAUCAAUUUAUAUUUUGCUGUGAAAUGGAUUAUGCUGUCGGAAAUUUCAUUUAUAUCGGUACCGGCCGUGGGAAAUUUCACAGAUGAGUCUGAGCAACGUGCCACGCUGCCACAGGAUACACGCGAAUAUCCAUUACAAAGUAAUGACUAUCAUCAUGGCCAGAAGAACGGCCUGGGCAAGAUGGGCACCAUGAAUGGCGGCGGCGGCAGCGGCAUGAAUGAUGGCAGCAUGGGUGCAGCGGCGGGCGCUGGCCUCGGCUACAACAAUGGACCGCAAUUAAUUGCCCCACGUCCCAUCGAUCAGGAACCAUCGGAGAAAUUCUCAAUUGGUAUUGUUAUUGUUAUUCUAACGGUGAUAAUUAUUUUCCUCGUUGGCGCCAUAUUCUGCAUUGUGACGCGUACGAAGCGUGCACGCGGCAGCAAUGUCCUGGACGCAUUCCAAUAUAGCUUCAAUCCGAAUACGCUGGGCGGCAAUGUGGAUAAACAUCGACCCAAUGGCGGUGGCAUUAAGGGCAGCGUCGAUGAUAAUGACUCGAUUGGCAAGAAUAGUCUCUAUCAUGAACCUUUCAAUGUGAAUAUGUAUACCAGCGGCGUUAACGGAUACGCGGCCGUAAAUGAUUUACAAUGCAAUAUGACGCCCGACUAUACAGAUGUACCCGAAGGCGGCUAUGCCGUGCCACACAUGCAGGAUUAUAUGCCCGCCACAAAGAUGUCUAUGGCCGGCGGCGGUGUUGUCGGCGGUUAUGUGAAUGUGCGACGCACACCACCACCGCCGUUGAGCGCAAUAUUCCCCCGACCACCGUCCGUGCCGCCGCCACCGAUGGAGAAGUACUACGCCACCACAGCGAUAUUCAAGCCAAUCAAAGGACCCUCAGGCGGCAGCAACUGCGGCACAGUAGGCAGCAAUAGUGGCGGUGGCAGCAGCACACACAAAUCCGGCAGCAGUGUGGGAAAGUGUGGCAGCAAUAGUGGCAUCAGCAGCAGUAGUGAACACAAUAACUACGAUGACGGUAUGGGCACCAUGAAUUCACAAUCGACAGCGCCGAUGUUAAAUGCCUACAAUGGUGGCGGCGGCGGCGGCGGCGGC